UUCGCGACACCUCCUUUCUUAGGGAGGAGAGCGGAAGCCAAAGCAGUCUUCUCCACCACAGCCGACGCCACCACCUCUGCGGCCGGAACAGCCACAUGGAGUCAUACUCGAUGCCGGAGGAGACCAUUUUUCGGUCGAAGCUGCCGGACAUCCCGAUCGACAACCGCAGACCGCUUCACGCCUACUGCUUCGAGCGGCUGGCCGACUUCGCCGACCGCCCCUGCAUCAUCGACGGCGCCAGCGGCGCCGUCAUGAGCUACGCUGACGUCCACCUCGCCGCCAGACGUGCCGCCUCAGGCCUGCACCGCCUCGGGGUAGGGCGGGGGCAGGUCAUCAUGAUCCUCCUCCGCAACUCCCCCGAGUUCGUCGUCGCCUUCCUCGCUGCCUCCCAUCGUGGCGCCGUCGCCACCACCGCCAACCCCUUCUACACCCCGGCCGAGAUCCACAAGCAGGCCGCGGCCUCCGGCGCCCGCGUUAUCGUCACGGAGUCCUGCUACGUCGAUAAAGUGCGCGAAUUCGCCCAAGAGCGGGGCGUCACCGUCGUCUGCGUCGACGGGCCUCCCGAGGGCUGCCUCCAUUUCUCCGAGCUUCUGGCAGCCGACGAGCGCGACCUUCCCGAGGUCGACAUCGACCCCGAUGACGUGGUGGCGCUGCCGUACUCGUCGGGGACGACGGGGCUGCCCAAGGGCGUCAUGCUGACGCACCGGGGCCUAAUCACCAGCGUGGCCCAACAGGUCGACGGCGGCAACCCCAACCUCUACUUCCACGAGGAGGACGUGCUGCUGUGCGUGCUGCCGCUGUUCCAUAUCUACUCGCUGAACUCAGUGCUGCUGUGCGGGCUGCGGGCGGGCGCCGCCAUCCUGAUCAUGAGGAAGUUCGAGAUCUCGGCCAUGCUUGAACUGGUGCAGCGGCACCGCGUGACGGUGGCCCCGCUGGUGCCGCCGAUCGUGCUGGAGAUCGUCAAGAGUCCACUGGUCGACAGCUACGACUUGUCAUCGGUGAGGACGGUGUUGUCGGGGGCGGCACCGAUGGGGAAGGAGCUGGUAGACAAGUUCAUGGCCAGGCUCCCAAACGCUACGCUCGGCCAGGGAUACGGGAUGACCGAAGCCGGGCCGGUGCUCUCCAUGUGCCUCUCCUUCGCCAAGGAGCCGUUCCCGGUGAAGUCGGGGGCGUGCGGCACAGUGGUGAGGAACGCGGAGCUGAAGGUCGUCGACCCCGACACGGGCGCAUCGCUCGGCCGCAACCAGCCCGGCGAGAUCUGCAUCCGAGGAGCUCAAAUCAUGAAAGGUUAUCUCAAUGAUGCAAAAGCGACGAGGAACACGAUAGACGAGGAAGGUUGGCUGCACACCGGAGACGUCGGUUUCGUGGACGAUGACGACGAGAUCUUCAUCGUCGACAGGCUGAAGGAGAUCAUCAAGUACAAGGGAUUCCAGGUGGCCCCAGCCGAGCUCGAAGCAUUGCUGAUCGCCCACCACGACAUUGCCGAUGCUGCCGUCGUCCCGAUGAAAGAUGAAGUGGCUGGGGAAGUCCCCGUUGCGUUCGUCGUCCGGUCGAGUGGGUCUCAGAUCACGGAGGACGAGAUCAAGCGAUACGUGUCGAAACAGGUGGUGUUCUACAAGAGGAUCAACAAGGUUUUCUUCACCGAGGCCAUUCCCAAGGCUCCGUCCGGGAAAAUACUGAGGAAGGAUCUGAGAGCAAAGCUGGGAAGCCAGUUUCCAUCCGCUUGAUCUCCAUCCUACCAUCCUAAUUGUCUCCUCUUUUCUCAUCAAACCAUGUAAUUGACUUGUUUGAUUACAGAUUAAAAAUCGAGAUGGUUUUAAGCUAGCUUAUAUAUCCAUGACUUGUCAAAAACACACUUUUAUUGGAUGAUAUAUGGAUUGGAAUCUCUCGACUUCA